AUGUCGUCUUCAGGCCCGACUCUCGCUCAGACGCAAGUUGUCAACUAUGUUCUGCCCAUUGUGGCGACCGUCGUCACGUCCUUCCGCUUGUUUAUCCGCAAGCGGCGAGGAAUUCUGUGGAUCGAUGAUGCAUGGGCAGCCUGCGCCAUGAUAUUCAAUAUCGGCCUAAUGAUUUGUAGUGCUUUGUAUCUGAAAGGCUACAUAUUUCACCCUCAAUGGGCAAAGGUAGCACUGUAUUACACGCUAGCACAAUGCUUUUACGGGGUUGUUUGGUGUUCCCGGUUAUCCAUUUUGUUUACAGUCGUGCGACUUGCGUACUAUGGGACCCAAAGGAGGAUACUUGUCUGCAUCGCGAUCAUCUUCGGCGUGGUAUGGGCUGUACUUUUCGCACAAGUGUGGUGGACUUGUGAAUCUGAUCCCAGCUGGAAAAAGCAACCGCGUCCGCAGUGCAAUCUCGGCAGAAACGUUGCGAUAGCACAGAUCGUCACCGACGUUCUAGGGGACACUGUUCUUAUCUUGGCUCCAUUUCUUCUCAUUCACAAAGCCACAUUGACGCCGUCGCAAAGAAUCCGGGUGAUCUGCAUCUUCUCCACAUCAGCAAUCAUCACAGUCGUCAGUCUUGUCCAUGCAUAUUACGUCUUUACCGAUGGAGAGCUAAAGGAGGCAGUGGCUGCCAUGUUCGAGGCAUCUGUGUCUCUAAUCAUCGCAAACUUAAGCGUGGUUGUCACAUUCUGCUUGCGCAUGCUCGCAGAUGAAGAUGCGAUCUCGCAAUCAGCGUUGGAAUUGAGAUCUACUAGUAUAGAAUUUGGAAGAGCCGAGGAGUAG